AUUUCACCAUGCGGGCGGUAAUAUCUCAUCGGUUACUUCGCAACACAACGAGGCUUUCAUAGACCAUAAGCAAUAUCCUCGAGGCGCCACGCCUCUUCAGAAUAACCUGAACUCUUAUUCCAAUCGCUCCUCGACCAUCGCAGCUCAAGAUGUCAGCAUUGAGCUCAAUUCUCUCGAGGCAAGCGCCUGAUCUGGAUGGUCCGUCGAUUCCGGCACCCGAUGGUCAGAUCCCACAGCUUGACAACCCGCCCAACGGCAAUUAUAUUGCAAUACCUUUCAUCACCGUCUCAGUUAUUGUAUCUGCUCUACUAUUUCUGAUUCGCUUCUAUGCCAAGUACCUCUCAAAGAGGCUAACUCUGUCCGACUACUUGACAUUUUUCGCAUUCCCAAUUUUCUGGGUCUACAUCUAUUACAGCUAUAGCCUCAGCUGGACUGGCGGCUAUCUUGUCCACCAAUGGGAUAUCAGGUUGAAAGACACGGCAGCCUUUAAUCUUAUCACCUUUGUUGCUACUCUGUUAUACGUAUGGAACAUCGCGCUGAUCAAAUGCGCGAUCUUGCUCGAAUGGAUCGAGAUAUUUGUCCCCCGAGGCGAGCGCAAUUCGUUUACCUGGGCAGCGUGGGCAACGUGCUUCAGCUUCGCCUCACUGUCGCUCAUCAUCUUCAUACUAGACUUGGCCAACUGUACGCCUUUCGAAGGUAACUGGAACCUCUUGGUCCCUGGACGAAAGUGCCGCUUCGAAGUCCCGCAGUUCGUGCUGGCGAUAUCCACGACCAACUUCAUACUCGACCUCAUCCCACUCAUUCUUGUGCAGAAGGUGAUCUGGGGCCUCCGUCUCACAUGGCACAAGAAACUGGGCGUCAGCUUUAUGUUUCUGACGGGAUUAGCUGCUGUCGCGGCCAACGCCGUGCGUAUUUACUACGCUUCACGCUUCUACGUCUCGAACGACGUUAGCUACUAUUUCUCCAUACUCGCUAUAUCCUCACUUGCCGAGACGCUGGCCGCCAACUUAGUCCUGUGUGUUCCCUUUGUGCCAAAAGGCAUGCUAGGUCUAAGGCAAUCAAAGACAUACACGGUGCUGAGAGGCUACAUGACUGUCAAGAGCGAUACUACUGCGUCCAACCAGUCGGAUGCGUAUUAUAACUCGAGUGAGCUGCGGCCCAUUCGGAAACCUAGGGAGCAUUGGUUUAUGAGUUCAAAGUUGGAUACUACUCAGACGGCCAUCGGAACAGUCCAUGACAACGUCCAGGAGUCUGAAUCCCAGAGGCGGCUCCGAUUCAGCAUGACGCAGACGCCUGAAUGAGCUGUGGAUUUUUAUUUUUUAUUUAUUUAUUUUUUUUUUUCAUCUCUGUUAAAACGAGGUCAUGAUGGUUUUGGAGUCAGAAUGGACAGGGGAGGACGUUCGUCUGGUGAGCUUUCUCUGUUGGAUACAAUGAGCAACUUGAAAACACUCUGUAUGCACUACCGGUACUAAGGCGGGCAGGGAUUGUUGUGGGCGGCGGCAAAUCUGGUUAGAAGAUGUAAUGAGACCCUAGUAAAUAAUACUGGAUUAUACGGUAGGACCCUGAAGUACCUAGCAGACCUAGCUAUCACUCGUCGGAAUUUCUCUGACGAAUAUGUGACAUUCCCCGAAUAAUCGA